UUUCCAGAUGCCCCAAUGACGCCUCUCUCGGGAGAUGUUCCAGGCACGUCCAACCGGGAGGAGGCCCAUGGGACACUUGAGGAACCAUGUCUCUCAGCUGGCUUGGGAAUGCCUCUGGCUUCCCCCAGCAGAGCUGGAAGAGGUGUCUGGGGAGAAGGAAGUCUGGAAGUUUCUGCUGAGACUGUUGCCUGCCUGACCCAGUCCCAAAUGAAGCGGGAGACGACGAGUAAAAAAUUCGAAAAGCCACAUGUCUCCAGUGAGGAGGAAACUUUGGCCAUCCACCAGCUCUGUAGCCAAGGGAGGAACCCUGGUCAUGACCAAGAGGAGGAAGUACAUAUAUGGACUACAGAAGAGGAGAUGAAAAGAGAAAAUCUAUUUCCUUCUUUUAAAGACCUGAGGGACCCAGGACCUCCAUGGAUUAAAGAGGAGGAGGAGGAGGAGCACCCUGAGUCUCCACUGAUCAAAGAGGAAGAUGAGGAACCUGAGUCUACAUGGGCUAAAGAGGAACAGAAGGAACCUCAUUUGCUACCGACUGAAAAACAGGAUGAACCAGGACCUCCAUGGAUUAAAGAAGAGGAAGAACCAUCACCACCACUGUUUGAAGUCAAGGAGGAACCAGAUUCUCCUCUGCCUAAACAUGAACUAUGGCCUUCAGUAGAUUCAACACAAGGUCAGAAGGAUCUACACAGCAGUCAGGACAAGGGGCAGCUUGUCCAGAAGAAGUCAAUCCCUUUGAAGACUUUUACUCUUCAGGAAGUGGACUUUAGUGAAACAGAACCAAGAACUAAACAGCAUUCCUUCAAUAUCUUGCCUGUAGUUGAAACUAAAGAUCAGGAAGAAAGCAGUUUCACCAUUUCAGAGAGUCAGUCUCAAACUGACCAAAAGAAAAGGUCUUUCACAUGUGACAUUUGUGGGAGAUCCUAUAAGAAUAAGUAUACCAUGAAACGACAUUACAUAACCCAUUCAGAUGAGAAACCUUUUACAUGCAAGACAUGUGGAAAAGGUUUCUCUCGGAUUAGUCAUUUAAAUGUUCACAUCAGAACCCAUACCGGUGAAAAACCUUUUCCAUGUAAGAUAUGUGGAAAGAAUUUCUCUCAGAUUACUAGUUUAAAGGAUCACCUCAGAACCCACACGGGUGAGAAACCAUUUACAUGUAACAUGUGUGGAAAAAGUUUCUCUAGAAUUAGCAACUUAAAUGUUCACGUCAGAACCCACACAGGUGAAAAACCUUUUCCCUGCAAGACAUGUGGGAAAAACUUUUCUGCUAUCAAUAGUUUAAAUUAUCACAUCAGAACCCACACAGGUGAGAAACCUUUUACAUGCAAGACAUGUGGAAAAGGAUUCUUUCAGAUUAGCAAUUUAAAUAAUCACAUCAGAACCCAUACAGGUGAGAAACCUCUUUCAUGCAAGAUAUGUGGGAAAAGUUUUUCCCGUAUUACUAGUUUAACUUUUCACAUCAGAACCCACACAGGUGAGAAACCUUUUACAUGUGAGACAUGUGGAAAAGGAUUCUCUCAGAUGAGUAAUUUAAAUGUUCACAUUAGAACCCACACAGGUGAGAAACCUUUUCCAUGUAAGACAUGUGGGAAAAGUUUCUCUCAUAUCAAUAGCUUAAAUGAUCACAUCAGAACCCACACAGGUGAGAAACCUUUUACAUGCAAGACAUGUGGAAAAAGUUUCACUAAGAUUAGUAAUUUAAAUGUUCACAUCAGAACCCACACAGGUGAAAAACCUUAUCCAUGUAAAACAUGUGGUAAAAGUUUCUCUCAUCUUAAUAGUUUAAAUGAUCAUAUCAAAAUCCACACAGGUGAGAAACCUUUCCCAUGCAAGAUAUGUGGAAAAGGAUUCUUUCAGCUUAGUCAUUUUGAAGUUCACAGCAGAACCCACACAGGUUAAAAACCUUGUCUUUAGCCUCUUCCCACUAAAAUUAGCAGGUUAACACAAGUUGACCCACUAACAAUUGUCAUUUAGCUAAUUAAUAUGCCUCUAAAGGAAAUGUUUUCUGACGAGGCUAUGUUAGCUUUUGAUGUUUGCUAGCUGAGUUUUAUGACUACCUCAAAUGGUUGAAUGUAGCUCCAAGUGUGUCCUUGAGUUUUAGACUUGGACAUGACAGGUCUGCCUUUUCCUCCUCCCUUCUAUAGUCUCCAUUUGCAAGUU